AUGCUUGACCACUGCUCGAUUUCCCACAAAGGCGGCGCCAUUCUCUGGUCGCGCUCGUUUACUCCGUCUAGUUCUCCAGUAAACAGUCUCGUGCGAGAAGCAAUUAUCCAAGACCGCACAGCACCAGAGGAUGUAUUCGAGAAAGACGGAUAUGCAAUCAAAUUCAAGUUUGUCAACGAUCUCGAACUCAUAUUUGUGGUCGCAUACCAGCGCAUUCUCCAGCUCACCUAUGUCGACGACCUUCUCAAUGUUAUGCGCAGCGUAUUUGUCGACAUGUUUGCCCCGUUUUUAAAGAGCUUUUUGGCGGCUGUGCACGCUGGCACUGGAGUGGUCACUCGCUUCGACUUCAAGGCACAGUUUGCAGAGUGGGAUCAGACGUUUGACAAGAUCCUUAGGACACUGCAAGACAAGGCUGCUCAGGAACGAAAAUCACGCCUCGGAAAGCCGACUCCACGUGUAGCUCUUCCUGUUACACCGCCUUCUGACAAUGCUCCAGCACUCGCUGCAGAAACCCCCACCGACGCAGAAGAAAUAGCACGCAACGUCCAAGCGCUAAAAUCCCGACUCAAAGGCCAGCCCAAGGGACGCGCUCGCCGCACACCAGCGGCAACGAGUGUGGGAGGGUCCGAUUCGGACACCUCCCACACCCCACGCAAAAAACCAGCCAAGACCGCUCGCAGAUGGGCCGAUUCGGCGUUGAGCGUAGAAGAUAUGGCCGCGUUGGAUUAUAGCUCUGCUCCCUCGGACGUGGACAUAUCUCGUUCGGUCGACCUCUCUUUGCUCGUGGACGAAUCGUCUCGUGGAGCGGUAGGAGCCGAUGGCAUGUACGAAGUCAAAGACCUCGAUUGGGCUUCAAACUCAAAAGACGAAGAUACCGAAGAUCUAAUUUCUCGUGCUCUGAGCAAGACGAACCAGGAGCAAAAACAAGAGACGAGCGUGUCGAGUACGGCCUGGAGCUGGUUGUCCCGACUAACAGGGGGAGGAAAGGUCCUUACGUCUGAAGAUCUUACACCCGUGUUGAACGGAAUGAGGGAACAUUUGAUGAAGAAAAACGUGGCCAAAGAGAUCGCCGAUAAGAUUUGCGAGAGUGUGGGCGAAGGAUUGGUCGGAAAGCGCGUGAGCGGAUUUGCAAGCAUCAAAUCAGAAACCCGCACAGCCCUUUCGAGCGCAAUAACCCGCAUUCUGACACCGAAAACCUCAACGGACCUCUUACUUUCCAUCCGCUCCCAAAAAGCAGCUCAACCCACUCCUCAGCCGUAUGUGAUCACGUUCGUCGGCGUAAACGGGGUCGGAAAAUCCACGUCCCUCGGAAAAGUUGCGUUUUGGCUGUUGCAGAAUAACCUCCGAGUGCUCGUCGCGGCGUGCGAUACGUUCAGGUCGGGCGCGGUCGAACAACUUCGUGUGCAUGUGAGGAAUUUGGGCAUGUUGAACAAUAACACCAGCGAGGGCGGGGAGAAGAUCGAGUUAUACGAAAAGGGGUAUGGGAAGGAUGCUGCGGGAAUUGCGAAGGAGGCGAUUGCGUACGCAAGUCAGAGGGACUACGACGUGGUUCUGGUUGAUACGGCCGGACGUAUGCAGGAUAACGAACCGUUGAUGAAAGCGCUGGCCAAGCUCGCCGCGGUAAACCAACCGGACAAGAUCAUUUUUGUUGGCGAAGCGCUAGUCGGAAACGAAGCCGUCGAUCAGCUAUCCAAGUUUGACCGUGCUCUGAAAGACUUUUCCAAUGGGCGAGGUAUUGAUGGGAUGUUGGUCACCAAGUGGGAUACUGUUGAUGACAAGGUUGGAGCUGCAUUGAGUAUGACAUACGUUACCGGACAACCAAUCAUUUUCGUUGGGUGUGGGCAGACGUACACGGACUUGCGGCAAUUGAGGGUACAGCAUAUUGUCCAGGCUCUGCUGAAAGAUUGA